AUUUCCAUGUUAUUUACUCCCCUUCUUUCUCUAAUGUCGAUUUGAAAGUGAUUUCUUAGCAGCAAUAUUUGAUUUUCAUUCUUUUCAAGGUCUCUACAGAUUUUUCAUUUUUUUAUUAAAAAAAGUAGUCAACGGCCUGGCUAUCUGCCACCAUUUCCUCCACUUCCAUCUCCUACACGAAUUUUCAGCAGGUGGCCUGAAAUGGAACACCCUCCAACCCUAAACCCUAACCCGAAUUUGGACCCGUAUUUCAGCCAUGGCUACAUAGGAUAUUCCACAAAACAUAACCCUAAUUCCGAUACUCUAAACCCACCCGUUUACACCGGUGUUGAUACCCAUAAUACAUUGGUUCAGCCGUACCCUCCUGGUGUUGAUACUCCAUAUGUGCCGCAGCAAGGACACAGCUUUAACGCACAACAGCCUGUGGUCGCUGCUAAUACUGCCAUGCCUUAUUAUCAGGAACCUAAUGCAGCCACCGUGCAGAAUUGGGUGACCGCUAUCUGGCAACUCGGGACAAGUCUUGGUGCAGCUGAUGCAACGGUACCGUCCAGUGAUGUACAAAAUUCGAUUCCUGCUAAUACAACUUCUGCAUUUUGGACUAAUUCAGCAGUUCAAUCUCAGAGAAAUGCUUAUUGGAAAAGGACCCCAAAGAAGACGAAGGUUGUACAAUCUGCAUGGUGUGAAGUUUGCAAGAUUGAAUGCAACAGCAAGGAUGUUCUUGACCAACAUAAAUUGGGAAAGAAACACAAGAAAAAUAUGGAAAAAUUAAAUGGCAUAACUAGCACAUUUGUUGCUGCAUCAUCGUUAAUUGGACCACAAGAGAAACAGAACAAAGAAAAAGCUACCGGUGGACAAAAAGGACAGAAAAGGACAGCACAUCAAACAGAGGAUUUGGAGACAAAAAGAAGAAAAGUUCUGGAAGGAGGGGCAGCGGCUGAUGCUGUGCGUGUAUGUGUCUUCUGUAAUGUGGUUUGCAACAGUGAGAUGGUGUUCAGCCAUCACCUUGCUGGCCAAAAACACGCUUCUAUGGUGAAGAAGCAUGCAGUUGCUGGUGCUAUGUGAAACGUGAAUUGGCAUAUAUUUUGAGUCAAAUGUAUAUUACUUGUUUUCCUUUAGGUUUUAGUACUUUGAACUGCGUUUCAAUUUUAUAAUUUAAUACAAGAAUGGAAUUUUGCCUAGUAA